AUGCGAAAGCAUUCUCGAAAUACCAGUGUGAGCAGCUAUGGUCGCAGUAUAUGUUCCAGUUAUGGUAGUGCUGAUAACGAGUUAUUUAUGGAACUCACCGACGAGCACGUUUUGCGUUUACUCGACCGUGCUAUUGAUCAACACGACGAUAACAGUUCAAUGAAUUCGCGACGAUAUUUACCACAAGUGCCUUCUCAAUCAGCAACUAUGACGAUCAAUAACCAUGUCCUAUUAUCAUCUCGCUCGGCGAUUGAAGAUUUGUUCCAUGUUUUCGAAAAUGAUCCAGAAUUUAUCACAAUGGGCAAACGGCUGUUGAAUAAAAAAAGAAAAUUAGAACAAUUGAGAGCUCAACUUAACCUACCCGCCGAUUUAUCGACAGAAGAUACAGUGAAGUUAUUGCAAAUCAGAGAACGUCUUCGAGCGAAACGAAAACUUCCUACGGUAUUUGUCGAACCAGAAAAACCACCUCUUAUCCAACGAAAAUCAUCCAACAGCAUGCCUGACUUAAGUCAAGGAGCAUUAACGAAUAAAUCAAGCCGAGCAUCAUUACUCGAUCUGAAUGCGUCAUUGAAUAGUACAAUCUACCGGAAACGACGACGACGAUCGCUCUUUCGGAAACAACUUGGUCCUGAAUUUGUGCUAAAUCCUGAUAGCAAAAUUGAAAAAAUAACUGUUCCUAAUCGAAAUCCAACGGAAUGCAUCUGCCAAGUUAUAGUCCUUCUUCCUAACAAUAAUCGUGUUCAAGUUUACUGCAAAUCUGAUGCUACUGUACGAAUUAUUCAUGAAACCAUCGUGUCGUACAUCGAUCUAAUUGAACACGAUCUAUUUGCUCUGACAAUUCUUCUAGACGGUGAAUAUUGUUUUCCUGCAAUGGAUUUGAAAAUCUCCAAGUUAGUCAACGAUCCAAAAUGGAAAAGUGGCCAAGCGAAAUUUGUUAUGCAGUUAAAAAUCAAAUACUUUGUCGAUGAUAUUUCCGUACUUAGACAUUUUCUAACCCAACACUUGUUCUACUUACAAUUUCGACAAAUGGUUCUCGCUGAUACAUUUCAAAUAAGUAAAGAACAGAAACUUUCAUUCACUUCAUUGGCGUUUCAAGCCGAGUAUGGAGAUGGUGGGGAUGAUGAACAGUAUAAAGAUGAGUUUAUUAUUGAGCAUUACGCGUCGAAUGAUCUGAUUAACGAAUACGGUACUCGUAAUUUACGGCAAGAAAUCCUGGAACGGCAACGAUUCUAUGCAGAAUUAAAUGAUGUACAAGCUGAGCGAAUGUUCGUCGAAAAUGUGAUGAAAUUAGACGAUUAUGGUUAUCAUAUGUACAAGUUGUAUAAAGAUACGAAACAGGAUGAUGUAUAUCUUGUCGGUAUACGUUUACGUGAUGUAUCAGUGUGGCAACUGAGAAUGCAACAACGGCAAGCGAAAAUCACGUAUAACUGGGAUCAGAUCGAACGCAUUGGUUAUGACAAGAAGACAUUUGCAAUCAUAUUGAAACGACAUAUCAAUGAAGGAAAAAUUAAAUAUCUUACAAAUAAUAGUAAAAAAGGAAAAUAUCUGUUUGAACUAUGUUACGAUACAUACACAUUUACGAAAUCUCUUCUCCUUCGUCACAAUAGUCGAUAUAGUUUGCUGAACGAACCGAUCAAUGAUGUUGAAUUUGUUCGCAAUAGUUCCGAUGUGGACAGUAUUGAUUAUAACACGGAGCAAAGUCGAACGCAAUCACAAGAAAAUUUGGGCAUAAUUGGAAAGAAUUCCGAUGGUGUUGCAUCGUCAACAAUGAUCUAUGAAGUCGAACUAUAUAAAGACAAUAAUAAUAGCCUGGGAAUGUCACUCAUGGGUGAUGCAAUGAUAGGAAUAUUUAUUAAAUCCAUCUAUCCGCUGGAUGGAAGCGCUGCUCGAUCAGGAAAGAUUCAAACAGGUGAUCGACUUCUAUCUUACAAUGGGAAACUAAUUCAUAAUAUGACUGUACAAGAAGUUGCUGAUGUUCUCAGUUUAUUACCAGAUCCAUGUCGAUUAAAAUUAUGUCGUUAUUCCAUUCCAUCACAGGCUAAACACGAGAGACCACGACGACCAAUGAGCGUGGAUGCCGAAUCAUUAUUUCAACAUGAGAAGCAGAAUAAUAAUUCACCAAGUGCUUUAUCAGCAACGUGGUCCAAUGGUAACUUUUCGAAUACGCUACCAGGAAAGCGCGUCCUAUCCAAUGAGAGUAUCAUAUCACAAGCAUCCGAUCUUCAAAGUGCGCAUGACAUCAAAAGUGCUGUAUUUCCUGUCACUAUUGAUAAGACUGGUCAGACUAGUUUGGGUUUUCUAGUCGUGGGUGGUUUAGACUCAGAAAUUGAAGAUCAUGGAAUCUAUGUCAAGAGUAUUACACCAGGUGGUGCUGCUGCAAAAUCCAAACUCUUAAUAGAAGGCGAUAAGAUUCUAGAAGUCAAUGGUGUCCCAUUGUCGCGAGUGACACAUGCCGAAGCUGUAGAAAUCUUUCGUCGAGCAACAAAACCCAAAUGUCAUUUGCUGGUUCAACGUCUUAUCUUGCCAAGUCGAACACGUUCAUCAUCAAUCACGAAUAUCUAUUCUUUUGCUCGGCCUGAAAAUACAUUUGAAGUGCUUUUGAAUCGUGGGCAGAAUGGUUUAGGCCUCAGUUUAUCAGGUGGAUCAGCAGAGAACAAACCAAUUGAAAUCAUCGACAUCUAUCCAGAUCAGCCAGCAGCUUUGUCUGGUCGAUUGAAAAUUGGUGACGUCAUUCUAUCAAUUAAUGACGUUAUUAUGCAUAAUCGCAACGUUCGCGAUGUACCAUCUGUUUUAGCUGACUCUACACGAAAUGUUAAGCUCGUUGUUUGUCGACCAGAUCCACAAGAAUAUCAAGUCUAUUUGGAUAAUCGAACAAAUGGUUCGAGUAAACCAAGUCGAACAGGAACGACCGAAACAAUCAAUAGCGAACAACGCCGAGUUUCUAGUGAUGUUGUUCGCGACUUACCACCUAAAUCACCUGCCACCAGACGUCAUGGUUCAUCAAAAGUCAAACGUGGAGAGGUGUUCACAGUAAGGAUGGACAAAGAAACCGAUAGUGGAUUCGGUUUUACCUUGUCGGCAGGUUCAACAUCCAUUGGAUAUCCACACAUUCGAUCCGUUCUACGUGAACCUGCUCUUUCUGCUGGCUUAAAGCAUUGGGAUCGCAUUCUGUUCAUAGAUAAUUACGAUUGCCAAACAAUCAGUCAUCGCGAUCUUGUGGCACGUCUUCGCUAUUCGCCUACUGGCCCAGUAGAUUUCAUUCUUUAUCGGCCACGUAUUGAUGAAAUUGUUCAUGCAAAAGAAAGAAGCCGAACGAUACACAAUACAUCGUAUACAUCAACUAGUGUUGGCGACCAAUCAAAUAUGAGCAAUUCGGCUCCACCAUCACCUGUUCUACCAGCUAAGACCACAAAACCGGAAAUAUUCAAUGAACCAGUGCAAUAUGAAAAAAUACAAAUUGUAUUACCAAAAGCUUCUCAAGGAACGUACGGUAUUGGUCUUAGUCAAAUUGAUCCUCAGCAAAUACGUGGUGGAAUAUUCAUAUGUGCACUUCAACCAAAUGGUAUCGCAGCAAAGGAUGGACGCUUACAGAUCGAUGAUCGUUUAUUGUGUAUCAACGAUCGAAAUACCGAUCAGAUGACUUAUCGAGAAGUUGUAGAAGGAUUGAAAGCAACUACAAAGAAAGGUGUUACUCUACUUAUCGCAAGGCCGGUAACCGAUCCUUCUACAACGAACAAAGCAAAUCUUGUUACGGAAAAAGAUAUUUCUACUAAACCUAAAGAUACUGUUCCAUCCACUUCUGCAACUACCAAGCCAGUACCCCCAACUUCAUCAAUUAUAGACAUGUUAAUUCCACGGGAAAAACCCAAACUAUUACCCUUGUCGAAUACUGAAAAGACACAAACGUCGAAACCUGUUAUAUCACCCGAUGCUAUAGAAUCCCCGUCUGCAUCGUCGCCAGCGCCUACUAAUUCGACAAUAAAAGCUCUUUUCGAGAAAAAAAAGAGUAGGCCAACGCCACCAUCGAAUCUUGAUAUUUCUACGAAUCAAAAUACGACCAGUCCAGACAAAAAGAAACCCUCUCCGGCUUCCAAUACCGAUCUUGACGAAGACACAAGUGAUAUCAAAACGCCACCGAUGUCUCCUCGUUCACCAGUCGCACCUUCGCCGCCAGUUCUCGAGUUGAAUGCACCACGAGCACCUCUAAAACCAAUCUCGACAUCGCAAUCUAACGAUCUUUCGAAGCGCAUCGAAUAUUAUCAACGAGGGACGGAAAAAGAAACUUUAGUACUCAAUGCUGGUGUAGCUGAAAAAAUCGAAAAUUUAACUGCACAGUUAGUCAACAAGAUAAGCACACCGGCGAUAACAAUGGAAACAGCGACAUUAAUGGACGAAUGCCGUGAGAUUGAUAUGAAAAUUGACUCGCAAGAGUACUUAGAAGAAUUCCGAGCAUUAAAAACUCUCAAUGAACACGAACCAGCAGAAUUCAGUUCUAUAGCUACUCAACCGAAAAAUCAAUCGUUGAAUCGUUUCCAGAAUAUCGUUCCUUACGAUUUUAAUCGUGUUAUUCUCUCUACACAGCCCGACUAUAUCAAUGCAAGCCAUAUAGUGAUUCCCAUCGGAGAGAAAUCAAUGAAAUACAUCAUUUGUCCCCCUCCAGUGCCAGAUAGUGUCAACGAUUUCUGGCAAAUGAUUGCUGAUCAACGUAUCCGAUGUAUGAUAGGCAUAUUCAACGAGCAAGAUUUAAAGAAAAUGAAAUGUCCGGUCUAUUGGCCAACAACAGUCAAAACAACAAUGACACUUUCACAAUUUUUAUCUGUGACAUUAACGAAACAACGUCAGUUGGACGGUGGUUUAGACGUGAAAGAGUUUCUCGUUCAUGCUACCGAUCAAUCUAGUCACAAGCAAGAUCAUUACGUCAUGUUUCUAACAUACAAUGGAUGGGCGUCAGAUGAAAAUGCUCCAAACGAUACGGAACCAUUUCUCAAUUUGAUUCAUUUAGCACAUUCAUAUCAAACCAAUGAAACGCCAUUAUUAAUUCAUUGCAAUACAGGUGUAGGACGAACUGGCUGCGCCUUAUUAGUGAGUUUACUUUUGAUAAAAAUGAUACGUGGCAGGACAUUAGAUAUUUAUACCAUGGCGAAAGAAUGCCGUCGGCAACGCUCAAACGUUAUACAAACACAGCAACAGUAUCGAUUUGUUUAUGAAUGUGCGCGUGACGCACUAAACAAGGCUAUCGAACAUUCAAUUAUGCAAAGUGCACAAUAA